AUGCAACAUCUGUACUCAUAUCAUCCUCUUGACUUGUAAUCUCUUCACACUUUAAAAAUCUCUUACAAACCAGUCACAAUGGCAUCAAGCUCAAUGUCUUCUCACAGCUCUGGAUCGUGGACCGCUAAGCAGAACAAAGCCUUUGAGCAGGCUCUAGCAACGUAUGACCAGGACACUCCUAACCGUUGGCAAAAUAUUGCCAAAGUCGUUGGUGGAAAAACAACAGAAGAGGUAAAGAGACACUACGAACUCCUGGUGCAAGAUAUAAACAACAUAGAGAACGGUCAUGUUCCAUUCCCAAACUACAGGACUAGUGGUGGCUGCACCAAUGGCAGGCUGAAUCAGGAGGAAAGAAGGAUGAGAAACAUGAGGCUGCAGUGAAUCAAAAACCAUUGAGAAUAAAAGAGGAUACACCGAUACGAUUUUUGUCUUAACCAUGUCAAUCACGAAUCGUUGUUUAUAUAUAUAUAUUCCUAUUUCCAAUGUUUCUGCCAAAAGCUUAACGCUAAAUUUGAGGAAUCUAUAUCCUUCGAAUCCCCAAUUUUAACAAAUGAAGCAGCUGUGUAUUAAGGUUCUUUUCUUUGUAAUGAAAAAACAAAAAAUAGUUUCUCUGUAAUGAAAAGUCCAACAUCAUCAUGAA